AGUUCAACUAUCGAUCAUUUAACACUCGUUUAUUAUUUUAUGGGUUAAAAUUAACACUCAACACUACUGACACUGUGAUAAAUGUUUUCCUCCAUAUGGCAAGGUUUUAGCAGCGACAAGUUUGUAUUGUUUUUCGUGCUGUCAGUUGUUUUAUUACAAAUAGUAAGCCAUUUUUAAGGUUUUAAUAAAUCCAAAUUAAAAAGUUAUGUCGUUAUUAACAAAGAAUAAUGCAAGUCAGCACUGCCGUACUUGUUUGAAAAGGCUUGGUGCUAAUGCGGACGGUUUUUCUGACAAUGUUGAUCAAGACGAUAUACCUGAUAGCAAGGACCUGCAAUUUAACAUUUACAGCGAUCCUGAGCUGCAACAACUAAUCUAUAUUUAUAUAGAUGGUCCUACCAGAAGUAACACGGUAAAUGUUGUUGAUAAUGAAUUGCCAGCACACAUAUGCCUCGCUUGCUAUAGUAUGCUCAACAACUUUGCCUUAUUCCGUAAAAGGGCUCAACAGAGCGCUGAAAAGUUACGCACUGUACUUAAUUGUAGUAGUGGAAUGAUAAAAGUUGAAAUCAAUUAUGACGAAGAUGAUAACCAAUUUAUGGGAAAGAAAGAACGUGUGGAAAACUUGCUUCAGGAUUGCAAAUUGCAAUUUAGGGAUGCGCUUAUGGAAGACGAGCAAGUUUUUUUCGAUACAUCAGUAGCAAAUCUAGCAGAUACAGAACUAAAUGAUGAGAUGGCAGAUCCUUUUGCACCUGUUUUACAAACUGCAGCCGAAUGUCGCAGUAAAACAAUUGCUGGAAAGGAGGACGACAUCAAGAAAGAAGAGCCUGCAUUAGAUAACAGCGAAAAAUAUAAAUGUUCACAGUGCACACAAACGUAUGCUUUCAAUUCAGAAUUACAAGCACAUAUGCGGGAGGUGCAUGAUAAUAAGUUGCCGUUUUCGUGUGGUCAUUGCGACAAAGCCUACAGAUAUAUUCGCAGUCUACAAGAACAUAUGAAACAAAAACAUCAAACAGUACUAAACGCAGACGCCCAGUUUAAGUGCAGUGUGUGUCCUAAGGCAUUUACAACAGAUUUAUCACUAAAAAAGCAUAUGUGUUUUCAUAUUAAAGAAGAUAUGUCUCGUGUUUGUGGAAUUUGUGGUAAACGAUUUCCUGUAAAAAAUUUGCUUGUGGAUCAUUUACGCACACAUUCUACAGAUGGCAGAAUACCAUGUGGUCAGUGUGAUAAAAGUUUUAUGUGGUAUCAAGAUCUAUUGAAUCAUGAACGUUCAGCCCAUCUAAAAGAGAAACCGUUUCCCUGUAAACUUUGCGAUAAAUCAUUUCAAACACAAAAGUCUCUACGCUUCCACAGUUACCGACAUUCUGGGGAAAAACCAUAUCUUUGUGACGUUUGUGGAAAGGACUUCCGCCAACCAACAGCUAUGAAACAGCACCGGUUGAAACAUUUUAAAGACGAUACGAUUGAAAAAAAGCUAGAUGCUAACAAAAAUAUUUCGUUUAUUAUGGAUUCAAAUGUUAAUAAAUUUAAAAUGUCGGUACUAUCAAUAGAAAAUGUAAAAGAGCAUUGUCGAACUUGCUUGAAAAAAUUGAAAAGAGAGAAUAUUAGUUGUUUAAUAAAUUUAGAGGAGGAAGAAGAACUUUCCGAGUACAAAGAUUUUUGUAUUAGCAUUGUAGGCAUUGAAUUAAUACAACAAUUUAUAACUUCAUGUAUGGAAGGACAGUGGAUUAAUGAAGAAGCGAAACCGAUGUCUCAAAAAUAUCCUCAAUAUAUGUGUAUGUGUUGCUAUAAGAAAUUACAAGGCGUUUGGUCAUUCAAAAAACAAGUGAGAAAUAGUACGCAGAGAUUGCAAGAGUUAAUUUGCUUAGGUGCAGCUAAAGUUGAAAUUGUUGAAGAUGAAAAACACCACGAAUUUGAGGAUAAUUCCGGUGUACAACAAACCACAACAGAUAUCUUCAAUUUGUUGCUUAAAGAUACUCUUAUGGAAACCGAAUCUGUUAUGAUUAAUACAAUGAGUGAUGUAGCAACAAUUAGCAAAGCAUUACCUGACCCAGAUCCAUUCGGUAAUGGUACUGCGAUAGAUAUUGCAAAAAAGGAAAAUUUGAGCGAUGAUAAGUACGAAAGCAAUAAUGAAGAAUGGCAUGGUUUUAACGAGGAAAAUUCCAACGAAGGAGAAUAUAAACGAAAUAUAGAUCAAGACAAAGGAAACUUAAAAAAUAUUUUUAAAUCAUCGACUGCAGUGGAAGAUAAGGCUCAGUACAAGAAACACCGAGAUUGUAAUUUGGAAAUAAAAAAGUAUCCUACCCGUUCUCGUAGAAAACGUGCUCUACCCAUUGAAAAUAUCAAUACUGCUAAUACAACUGACAAUAAAAUAAAGAGUACAAAAGUGGGAAAUGUUGAUGGGCGCAUUCAAUUGGGUCUAAGCAAAUUGGAUAGUACGACGAAGCGUCGUAACAAAGGCACUAAAAACAGUUUCAAAUGCGAGCAAUGCAGUCACAGCUUUGCACACAAAAUAACACUGGAUGCUCAUAUACGCAAAGUACACGAAGGAAGCAAACGUCCAUUUCAAUGCGAUCGUUGCGAAAAAUCGUAUACUUUUAUUGGAGGUCUUUAUACUCAUAUCAAGGAAAUACAUGAUGCUGAAGUUAGAUCGUAUGCUUGUGACAUUUCCGGAUGUGAGCGUAUGUAUACCAGUUUCAUUGCAAUGCAAAAGCAUAAACGUUUAAAACACUCCGAUACGUCGUGUAUAACCAAGUACGUGUGUGAACAAUGUGGUGCGACCUUUAAUCAAUCGGGUAAUCUUAAAUAUCAUCGGCGUGCAAAACAUCCUACGGAAGCAGAAAAAGCUGAAAAGGAGCAGCUGAAAGAGCGUUUUGAAUGUAAUGUUUGCAACAAGCUGUUUUAUUCACGUUACACACUGAAAUAUCAUACCCUGCAACUGCACACAAACGAAACAAAAUAUGAAUGUAAAAUUUGCGGUCGACGAAUGGCUAAGAAAUUUAUGCUUGUCCAACAUAUGCUAGUUCAUUCUAAUGACAAAAUGCCUUGCGAACACUGUGGCAGGCAAUUUAUACGGAAAUUUGAACUGGAGGCCCAUGUUAAAGCAGUGCAUAUGAAAUUGAAGCCUUUCGAAUGUCAGUAUUGUUCAGAAUGUUUUGCUUCGAGGAAAACGCUACGCCAUCAUGAAUAUAUACAUACAGGAGAGAAACCUUAUGUUUGUGAUGUCUGUGGGCAAGCAUAUCGACAACAGACAUGUUUAAAAAACCAUCGAAAAUCACACGAAAAAUUGGUUGCGGAAAUAAAAACAAUUAAUGCUAAUCAGGAAUUACUGAAUUAAUUUCUGGUACCAAAGGCUCUUGCAACUGCACACAGCUCUGAGGUGAAUACGAAUAUAACAAGUUUAAAAAUGACCAGUGUUGUGAAUUGAGGUGGGGAAGAGUAAUUAAUGUGCAAACUAAUAAUCUAAUUAUGUUACAGUUGGAAGUGUAUUUUUUAUAGUUAUACAUGUGCAAUACUGAUCAAAUAGCUUCUGUAAAUGCAGGCCACGUUUUGUUAUGUA